UAUUUUAAUUAGCUAAUUAGCUGCGUGAUGAGUGGUCCUUACUCUCAUGAAUAUUAAUGAGCUAAGGAUGGAGUUUUAUUCCUCAAUGUCUAGAGAGGAAUUGGAUCAUCAUUUCUCUCCUAGCAAGUUUGCAAUGUCAGACAGAGCUACUGUAGUAGACAGACACACAGCAGCACUUCAAAAAUCUACAAAAGGAGCUAGGGAAACUGUGGAAUGUGAUUUAGGAGUGAUAUUUAACGGGACUGGUCAAUCACUAGAUAUUUAUUAUCCACCUCAAGUCAAUGCUGAAACUAGAAUAAUGAUAUUUUUUCAUGGAGGCUAUUGGCAGGCUUUGAGUUUGGACGAGUCGGGUGGGCAUGCCAUUCCGUUGUCGGCCCAUAAUGUGAUCUUAGUUUCCAUUGGCUAUCAACUUGCUCCAUCAGCUAACAUGACUGAAAUUGUUCGUCAGUGUAGAGAAGGAUGUGCUUUCAUUUACAAGAAAUUUCCAAACAAAAAAAUAAUAAUUAGCGGGAAUUCAGCAGGUGGUCACCUUUCAUCAGUAAUGCUAGCAACUAAUUGGAGAGAGUACGGACUAGAUAAAUACCCAUUCCAUGGUGCCAUUUUAUUUAGUGGAGUUUAUGAUUUAGUCCCGAUUCAAAAAUGUUAUGUAAAUGAUCCGUUGCAGCUGACAGGUCAAGAAGUCCGUGAUUACAGUCCGCUGGGUUCUAACUGCAUUGAGAAACUCCGUGACUUAGUACCCAAAGGUUUUCCCUGUUUAUUGGUUGAGGGAAAAUCUGAUCCGACAAGUUUUCAAAAAAUGAGAGAAUCUUAUCAAAAAGUUCUUGAAGACGCAGGGAUCAAUGUUAAAUUAGAAAUAUUGGAAGAAGACGACCAUUUUAGUUACGUGGAGAAGAUGUACAGUGAAGAGCAUGAAGUUACCAAGAUAAUGAUACAGUUUAUAUGUAAAGAAAUUUAAGACACAAUUCUUGUUAUUAAUUAUUUUUUUAAUAAAUUAUGGUAAUGAUUGUUAUUUUUUCAUCAUUCCGCCGCCAGCUGCAAUGACAGCUUUCUGAUA